AUGGAUGUAGACUCUAUGGAAGGGUUCUCAGUAAGUCAUGCUGGAGAUGAAAUUUCGCUCUACUGGGAGCUUGAGACUAUUACAAUGGCAAAGACACGACAACUUGACACCCACGAUCGCAGUGGACAGAUUGCACGCCUUGUAGUGGAGUGGGCCUCACAAUAUGAUGAUCUCACCAAUGCUUUUCUGACAUCCCUUUCCCCAUUCAUCAACGUGUCCUUACUUCAUAAUGGUUGCAUAGGCAGCUCACCUACUCGCCCGACAGUUGCGAUUACCAUCUGUACCCUUGACAUGUUCCGACAAAGUCAUCGGGUAUGCCCAAGGUUUAGCAUCCACCCUGCUGCAAAGAUGCUUUGUUUCAUGCAUAACCUUUGUUAUUGUCGGCACCUAGCCAAACAGAUGCGCACUGCGUUCAACGUAUAUCUCGAAAUACAUCGUCGCAUCAAUAGCCGACUCGACAAGUUCCUUGGACAUGACACAGAGAACUGGCGCAUGCUGAUUUCUUGUCCAGCUUGCCAAUACAAGCUGGUCAAUGAGCCGACUCUGGACUUCUUGAUUCUGUGCGCAUGUGAUGGGAACAACUCAGCCAAACUGGUUGAUCCCACAGUAUGUAGUGGUGAGGAACAUCUUGACCCUCGCUCAGGGCUAUCAUCCAUCUGGCUCACAGAGUCGUACAUUGACCAAUUUAAGGAUGAACAACCUAGUGACCCUGACGAUCCGUGGAUAGACGAACUGGACUCGAACGAUUCUGCAGAGCCACCCACCAUAUGCAUUGACCGCUGGCGUAAUGCAGCGCCUGAAUCACGCAAAAAGAUGUUUGCUAUAUUCAAGAAGUCAGGGAUUUCUGUCACAGUAUGCCGGCAUGGGUUUCUCCUUACAAUUUGCGAUAUGGUCCGAAGCGGUGAAUUGUAUUUCAGUUCCACCUAUCUAAUGUUUGAUAUGCAGGCUAACACAUUGACAGGAUGA